UAACGAUUCCCCAUUCAGUCCCUACUCCCUAACACAGUGACCCAUAAACCCUAAUUUCGAUUUUCCAGUAGGAAGACUGGUGCAUCUGCUCUUGUCGUUCGUUCCUCCCGCGUGGCGACGCACACGCAAUCAAUUUGUGUUCUUCUAACCGGUAAUAAUGGAUAAGUUGAUCGGUUCUGCGAAGAAGGAGGCUUUGGUUGAGAUGGUGAAAUUGGCACAAAAGAGAGGAAUGGUCGGGAGUAAAGGUGGCUGGAAGGAGUUUUUGAAGGUUUAUGACAAGAAAUUUGGGGCAAGCUUGAGUGACCCUUCCAGGAGACCUGUUGAUUCUUUGGUUGCUUUUUUAAAAACUUUUGAGCAAGUGGAUGAUCUUAAGUUUUUCAAGAAAGUAUUGCAAUGCCAUAGAAACCGUGAUGAGGUGGAGCAGCUUAAGAAAACUUCUCCUAAAGAUGAAACUGCUGAACAGAGAUUAGUACGCCUGACUUUGGAGCAUCCUCUGUAUCCAAUCGAUUAUUCCUUUCCUUCUCACGAGGAGGAAUGGAUGGUUAUAAAACACAAAAAGAAGUCCAAGUCUCCUAUGUCUAAUGAAAUGAUCGCCAUUGAUUGUGAGAUGGUUCUCUGUGAAGAUGGCACGGAAGCGCUGGUUAAAGUUUGCGCAGUAGACCGCAAUUUAGAGGUUAAGCUAGACAAAGUUGUACAUCCAAAAAAAGAAAUUGCAGAUUAUCGGACAGAUAUAACUGGAAUCUCUGCAAAAGAUUUGGAUGGAGUAACUCAUACGUUGAAAGAUGUACAGAAAUCUCUAAAGAAAAUAUUAUCACAUGGUGCCAUUCUAGUUGGGCACAGUCUUAGUAAUGACCUUCAAGCGCUGAAAUUAGAUUACUCGAGAGUGGUCGAUACAUCCUAUGUCUUCAAGUAUGCCAAUGGACUUAUGUACAAGAAGCCAUCUCUGAGUUGGCUGUGUAAGGCUUUGUUAGGUUAUGAACUCCGGGAGCAGGGGAAUCCUCAUAACUGUCUAGACGAUGCAUGUACUGCAAUGAAGCUUGUCACUGCAAGGUUAGAAGGAAGAAUCAAUGAUGUCAUAGAUGAGGAGGUGAGGGAAUCCGACGUGGCAAAGCUGCUCGUACACAGAAUCCCCAACAAUGUUCUUAGCAAAGAUUUGAGUAGCAUUCUUCACGGGGAAUUCACAAUCGAAGUCAAGAUGGGUAAAAAGGUCAGAAAUACAUAUUCGGCCUUUGCAAUCUUCAAAGAUCAGCAAGAAGCAAUUAAAGCAUUCGAUAAGCUUGAAGGUUCUCUAGAAAAGGACUCAUGUGGGCGAUUGCAAAAGCUUGUGAAAUUUGAGCUUGAUUCAGGAAUAUCUGGCACUUUAUGUGUGUGUAAGAUUUUUCACGAGAUCUCCGACCAACUGACAAAGAAGAGGCCAGCUGAAGAUGAAAACACUCUUGGCAUAUCGAAGAAGUUGAAAACAGAUGAAAUAUUAAAACAGCUCGAGGAUUGCCAACAGUGCGAGGCGUAUUUGAAAGAGAUUGAAAGACUGCAGACAGAAAUAAACAAAAGAGAUGAGGAAAUUUCGAGCUUAAAUAAAAUAGUCGCUGUACUUACUAGGAAACAAGGGCUCUGAGCCAUCGAAGCUCUCGGAUUUGUUUUGAAAAACAUCAUUUUUAUGGAAAUGUGCAGCUAGCUACGCAGCGAGCUUUGAUCUUAUGAGAAGCCUGCGAAAAAAAAGAAACUUUUGGUGAUCGACGAAAUCAGGUUCUUUAUCGACAUAUUCAUUAGUCAUUUUUUACUUAUAAAUGUUGUGUUUUGGUAUUAAUUAAUCAUGCUCAAAUAUCCUGAGUCUUUAGAUAUGUAUUUUGUGAGGUAUUUGUUUUCUUGUUUGUGAUGAAUUCUAGUUAUUCUUCUUGGCCUUUGUUAUGUUGUAGUGAGCAACAAUCUCACAUUAAGAUGAGUUUACUUGAAUGAAUAUUAUUAUCUAUGUCCA